GUUUUCAUGGGUCUGGCUGAGGAAGCCUAUCUACAUACAGUGAAGGAGCUAUUCAUUCAUUCAUUGGAUAACUACACUACUGGUACUAGACCAGCCUGCUUAUGGAAAUGACUGGGAAACCCUUCAGUGCUGAGUGUCUCAACCUCACAUUCCUGCUUUCUUGGUAAUAUGAUUUAUCGUUAUUGUAACAUAAAUGUGGGGCAAUUUUUAGCAUACCUAUCAUACAUUUUCUACAUUCCAUGAUAUUUACUCAUGUGGAUAAUCAAACUCACAUUAACUAAAUGCUGUUUACACGUCUUCAGUCUCACUAUAUCUGGGUCAAGUUCUGUUCAAGUAUCAUAAAGGAGGCUGUUCCACCUGAAAUCUUUGAAUAGGAAUGCCCAAUUAUGUAUUCUGAUCAUGAUCUUAUUAUGUAAUGAAAGUCAUCACAGCUCUCUCUCCCCCUCUAUCUCAUUAUCUACUCUCUCUCCCUCACUCUCUGUUUCAGGCCCGAUUCUCCUACCUACACAUGAAGUAUCUGUUCUUCUCGUGGCUGGCAGUGUUUGUGGGUAGCUGGGUGGUGUAUGUGGAGUACUCAUCCUACUCAGAGCUGUGUCGUGGACAUGAGUGCAAGAAUUCCAUAUGUGACAAGUACAGGAAAGGAGUGAUCGACGGCUCGGCAUGCAGAAGCCUGUGUGAAAAAGACACGCUGUACCUGGGGAAGUGUCUCUCUGCCCAGCCGAACAACCAGGUGUACUCAGGUGGCUGGGGGGACCUAGAGGGGGUGAUUAAGUGCCAAAUGGAAGAGAUUCCUCAUUAUAACCUGGGAGCUGAGAUGGAGCACAGGAGGGAGGCCUCGCCCUUCAACAAGCCCACCAAGGGAACUUCCGUGGAGAAGUUCAAAGAGAUGGUCCUCAGCCACCUCAAGACCAAGGUGGGUGAACAGGCCAACCUUCCAGACCUGGUGAGCCUGGUUUUCUCCGUGGCCGACUACAACAAAGAUGGCCUCAUCUCCUUGCCGGAGGCCCGCUCCACGUGGGCUCUUCUCCAGCUCAAUGAGUUUCUGCUAGCAAUAGUCCUGCAGGACCGAGAGCACACCCCUAGGCUCCUGGGCUUCUGUGGGGACCUGUAUGUGAUGGAGAAGGUGCCCUAUGCUCCCCUGUACGGCAUCAGUCUGCCCUGGGUGGUGGAGCUGUGGAUCCCCACGGGGGUACGACGCAGCAUGGACCAGUGGUUCACGCCAUCCUGGCCCCGCAAAGCCAAGAUCUCCAUCGGCCUCCUGGAGCUCGUUGAGGAUGUCUUCCACGGGACCUUCGGCUCCUUCCUCAUGUGUGACGUGAGCGCGGACGGCUUCGGUUACAACGACCGCCACGACCUGAAGGUGAUGGACACUCGCCACAUUGUCCCUGAGGCCACCUUCCAGAAAGCCAUGAGGGAGCGGCGGUGCGACACGGAAGAGGACUGUCUGUACGGUGCCGACUGUCGCACUUCCUGUGACCUCACCAAGCACCGGUGUACUCCAGAGGUGACGCAGCCCAACCUGGCCAAGGCGUGCGGCGCACUGAAGGAUUACCUCCUGAACGGGGUGCCGGCUGACAUUCAGGAGGAGCUGGAGAAACAGCUGUAUGCAUGUAUAGCAUUGAAGGGCUCGGCCGAACAGAUGGAGAUGGAACACUCGCUUAUACUGAACAACCUGAAGAGCUUGUUGUGGAAAAAAAUAUCGCACACUAAGGACUCCUAAUGAGGUGAAAACAUCCAGACCCUGGAUUUGAAAGUACUGAUUGGAACAGCGUUUCUACCAUUGUAAAUCCACACUUUGGGGAAGGGUGGAGAAUCAGGACACAGAUGAACACUACUGCUGCCCCCUCAUGCUUUUUAGGGAACUAUAAUGAACAAAAAUAUAAACGCAACAUGUAAAGUGUUGGUUCCGUUUUUCAUGAGUUGAAAUAAGAUGGCAAGAAAUGUUCCAUAUGCACAAAAAUCUUCUCACAUUGUGUACAAAUGUUUUGAGCGUUAAUCCAUCCACCUGACCAAACAGCAUGAUCAUUACACAGGUGCACCUUGUGCUGGGGACAGAAGGCCACUGAUCACACAACACCACAGAUGUCUCAAGUUGAGGAAGCAUGCAAUUGGCAUGCUGACUGCAGGAAUGUUCAACAGCGCUGUUGCCAGAGGAUUGACUAAUUUUCUCUACCAUUAACUGCCUCAGUCUUAAUGAUUUUGGCAGUACAUCAAACCGGCCUCAGGACCUCCACAGCCGGCUAAUUCGCCUUUGGGAUCAUCCGAAACCAGCCACCCAGAGAAUUACUCCAUUUCAUCAGCUGUCUGUAAUAAAGCCCUUUUGUGGAGAAACUGAUUGGCUGGGCCUGGCUCCCUAGUCCGUAGACCUUUUGUUUUUAACCUGACUGCACCCCUGCUCCGUCAUGUGAAAGCCAGAUUAGUGACUAAUGAAUUCAUUUCAAUUGA